UAAGUCAGAGCUGUCAACUGGGAAACAAAUUUCCAGACAUUUUGAAAUUUAAUUCAUUUAAUUUUUCUUGUAACUGGAUUAGAAAAUAUGAUUAAGCAUAGCAGGAUAUUCUCUUACUGGAUCAGUCUGGCUUUGAAUUAAGCUGUAGAUACUAAAUUUUUAAAGCAGAAGAAAGAAAGGGGGCUUCAGAGUCUUUCUCCCUUGAGGAACUUAGGAACAAAAAUGUAAAAGAAUACACACACUGGAAAUUUAAAAGAAAAUUAUGGGAAAGAUGGUGUUUUACUUUGUUGUCCAUGAAGUUGUUCAUGUGGCUGUAUUUUUACCUGAAACUCUGAUUGAAUGUAUGAUAGUCUAAUUUGAAUUAAAGCCCCACAAACAGAAAUGAAGAAUUUAUCAAAGUACUCCACAGAUGCUUUCCAACCAGUUCUUUGAAACCUGCCAGUUGACUAAGUCGGAAAUGUUCAAAAAGCUGGUGUGGCUGUGUAUUUAGGGAUGAAGGGCAGAAACAAAAUAAUUCUAUGUGGUGCAAAGACUUAUUAUACAAAUGAUGAAAAUUUCUUCCUUUAUGAAAGAAGGAAAAUUGAGAUAUAUAUAUAUAUACAUACUGCCUGAUAGCUUAUUUUUUGGAUUAUUUGAGAUCAUGUAUGUGAAAGUGCAUUGGAAUUGUGAUAUUUUGUGCAAAUGUAAAAUAGCAGUACCACGACUACUUUUGACAACAGUGUGCAUAUGGCACUAUUUUAGAGUCUUUCAGAAACUUUUAUCUUGGGAUUAGUUUCAACACAAAGGAAAUGUAAUAAUAGAAAAAUGGAAAAUUAUUUCUGGAUGCUUUUAAAAUUAGGAUAGAUCUCAAGAAAGACUAAAUUGGGAUCUAUGUGAAUAGCAUAAAAAAUUUUAAAGGCUUUAGGACUGAUAUUUAAUAAUAAAGGGGAAUUAUGAAUUUGUAGACAAAAUUAACAUAAGUAUUUGGGUUUUUUUCUACAUUUGUUUCUACACAUAAAACUCCUGUUUUCUGAAGGAACCCCAGUGGCCCUGGCUAUAACACUAACCAUUUUUCUUAUUUCAUUACUACUAAUCAAAGAUUAAAACAUUUCAUAUUAAGAUUGGUACCUUUUUUUUGUUGUUCACAUAAAGAAAAGUAAAUUUCCUCUUUAUAUCUUACAUCUUGAAGUUACUCACUAUAAAUUUAUAUAAAUCAGACGUAAUGACAAUUUAAUAAGAACACAAGCCCUAUUCAUCCUGUGGGAGUACUACUGUGACGUCUUUCAGAGAGCUUUGUGAUUGCUCAGCCCUAAGUGUAAGCCCUAUAAAAUGAUGGGCUUUGAAAUGCUGGUCAGAGUGGAGUGAAAGGCAGUUGCCUGCAAUAAUAGCCAACCAGUACCAAGUUCUGGUUCAGCUCUGAGAGCAGAGAACUGGUGGAAACUUUCUCGGCCUCAGAGGACUUCAGCACCUAAGACAGCUCCAAGAAUCUCCUUAGAUUAUAGAAAGCUCCCAAGGAACACUACUUGGCAAGGUACAAAGAUGGAAACCAGAAGUAAGUUCCAGCCCCUUGUGCUGCUAAUGCUGGUCAGCAUGCUCUUCUCACAAAUGUUGGCGUGGCCUCUUUUUGGAGCACCCUCUUCUCUGAGGUUAGAUGACAGAAUACCACUUGAAGGAGCAAAUGAACCUGAACAGGUUUCUUUAAAAGUAGACACUGACAUCUUGCAAAAUGCAUUAGCUGAAAAUGACACACCCUAUUACGAUGUGUCCAGGAAUGCCAGACAUGCUGAUGGAGUGUUCACCAGUGACUUUAGUAGACUCUUGGGUCAACUUUCUGCCAAAAAAUACCUUGAAUCCCUCAUUGGAAAACGGGUUGGCAAUAGCAUCACAGAAGACCAGGGGCCAAUCAAGCGCCACUCGGAUGCAGUCUUCACUGACAACUAUACCCGCCUUCGAAAACAAAUGGCUGUAAAGAAGUACUUGAACUCCAUUCUCAAUGGGAAGAGGAGUGAGGGAGAAUCACCUGACUUUCCCGAAGAGCUAGAAAAAUAAUGAAAAGCCCUUGGAAGAAAGCUGUUGACAGCUUCCCAGUGAACUCGUGAAGGAAAACGAUAGGCGAAGUGAUUAUAUUUUGAGUUCUACAUAAGUAAUUCAAGAACACAACUUCAGUAUCAAAACCAAAUAAAAUAUAUAGUGUCGUGAAUGUUGUGAUUUGCUUCAUCCUGAUGUAAUAACUGUGAUGUUUACACUGUAAAUAUUAUUUGAGAGUUCUAAAAUUUGUCUUUAAUUCAUGAAAAUCCUGUAAUUUCAUAUGCUGUGUAUCCUUUCUAACAAAAAUAUAUUUAGUGAUAAGUAAAUACUAGGUUAAUUCCAAUUAUGUGGAGCUUUGGGGGAGUGUAGUAAUAGAACACAAAUGAUGUGUUUAUUUAUAGAGCAUCCUUAACUAUUCAGAAGCGUGGAGCACAUAAUCAGUGUGUCUAAAUUUGAAUGUUAAGCAGCUAGAAUGCUGAGUUAAAUAAACUGCAAAAUGUCUAAGAGAAAGCCAACCAACCACAAAGCUAAAAAGGCAUUCUUCAAAACAGACUUUCAGAAAAUGGUAUGCGUUUUCCCAUUUUUAGGCAACGUUUAUUUUGAAUGAGAUUUAAAAUCUCUCAAAUUCAGAUCUCUAAUUGCUGAAGGCUCUUUUCUGCAGUGGUGUUUCAGUGAAAGAGAAUGGUCUCUGUUUCUGACAUUGGACCUUUCCUUCCUGCUUGUGUUAAGUAUGUGUAAAAUGUAAACUGAAUGGAACAUUUGUUUUUUCGGUAAUAAAUUUUUUUCCCCAUAAUUACUCAGAUAAUGCUUUGGUCAUCAGCUUCCUUCAGUGAAAGUACAUUUGGAGACACAGCUAUUUUUCCAAAAUAUAGGAAAUUAAUAGAGAAAAUAAAGAACUUUGAUUAUCAUUGCA